UAGCAACCCGCAUCAGCAGCGUCCCGCCCGCGGUUUCUCCUCCUCUCUCGCUCAGGGAGCUCCGCUGUUUCAGCCUCUUCCGCUUCCGCCUCUCAUCCAGUGCCGGGCGUUGAAUGCGGUUUCCUCUGCAGCGAGCCCGAUUACUUAAUCUGGAGCUGCUACAACCUCCUGUGGUUCUGCCUUUGUGGAGUGGAGUUGGCUCAAGAUGCUCAAACUUACAUUAAAAGAGGGUGGAGGAAAAUCUGCUCAUGUCUCCCCGUGUGUGUGUUAAGGGACAGCUUGAUCGGUCUUGAGCUUGUGUGUGCAUUGAGUAAGAAAUGAGGUAGUGCUGUUUAUUACAAGGAGAGAGAAAUGAGGCAGUAUUAUUUUUAGCAUGGAGUGUGAAAGUGCUUGACUGUUGUGUUUUUGGAGUUGGUAUUUGCUUCUGUGGAUCAGCUUUGUCUUGUUUUUUGUGAAAACAAAGAACAGGUGAACUAUACCAGGGGAGUGGCCAUAACUUUCAUGACGACGUGAUAACUUGAGGCUAAAUUGAUAUUAGAAAAACAAGAUGUGGUGAACUAAAUAAGAUGAGAAAUGGCCAUAAUACUGGAAUUAUGAAAGACUAAGUGUUCUGCUUUGUGAGGUGUUUGAAGGAAGGUGUAUAUUUGAUUCCAAAGCACAGAUGUUUAAGCAUUUUUUUAGGGGUGCUACAAAUAAAAGGAAAAAGUGAGGGUUGUGCUACAAGACCUAAUGAGGAAGGGAUGGGCAAGGUGGUGUAUGGUGACAAACUAAUGAAGACUGCUGAAAUAAACAUGAGUUCUUGGUGAUUUUUGGAUUUGCCAAGCUAUUAAAGGAAUGUUGUUAUAGUAGUAGAAGAUCUCCUCUUGGGCCUUCAGGAUCAAAACUUGCUUCCUUGUAUCUGGUUUAAUUUGAUAUCUAGAGAGGAGUACUAAAUCAGUUAAGAAUGGGAGGGGUUGAAAGCAGUAGCUCUGUAUCCUCUUCAAGAAUGUUUCCAGAUUGGAGUCUAGCCUUCUGGACUCUGUGCUCAGUGAUUGUGCCAGUAUUGAUCACCCUGUGGUGCAGCUUUCGGCGAUCUCGAAGGCAAGGACUGAUGCAGGACAUCUUGGGUAAGAGCAAGCAUGAUUGGCAGGACACAGAUCUCUUUAGCCAGCCCACCUAUUGCUGUAUCUGCUCUCAGCACAUCCUUCAGGGAGCUUUCUGUAACUGCUGUGGGCUGUGUGUCGAUGAAGAGUGCCUGAAGACGGCUGACCAUCAUUUCCUCUGCAAGGAGAUCAUAAUGAGGGGUGAAAGUGGGAUCAGGACCUCUAUGAUACACCACUGGAUCCGAGGCAAUGUCCCUCUGUGCAGCUACUGUGUUGUGUGCAAACAGCAGUGUGGCACCCAGCCGAAGCUGUGUGAUUACAGGUGUGUUUGGUGUCAGCAAACUGUGCAUGAUGAAUGUAUGCAGAAUGCUUUGAAGAAUGAGACAUGUGGAUUGGGAGAAUUUUGCAACUUAAUCAUUCCUCCAUAUUACUUAUUCAGUGUCAGUCAAAUGCGAAAAGACAAAAGAGUGGACUAUGGCAAGCUAGCUGCCUCCUGUGGGAAAAAUUGGACUCCAAUAAUCAUUUUGGCUAAUACUCGGAGUGGAAACAAUAUGGGAGAAACAUUGCUGAGGCAAUUUAAGAUCUUACUAAACCCAAUUCAGGUUUUUGAAUUAACCAAAACAACACCUGCAAAAGCACUCCAGCUUUGCACUUGGCUGCCUUGCAAUUCUGCUAGAGUACUUGUCUGUGGUGGAGAUGGCACCGUGGGCUGGGUCUUAGACGCAAUUGAUGACAUGAAGAUAAAGGGCCAGGAACAGUACAUCCCGCAGGUUGCCAUCUUACCCUUGGGAACAGGAAAUGACCUGUCAAAUACACUGGGCUGGGGUGCUGGCUAUGCUGGAGAGGUCCCAGUGGAACAUAUUCUACGCAAUGUAAUGGAUGCUGAUGGAAUCAAGCUAGAUAGGUGGAAGGUUCAGGUAACAAACAAAGGAUAUUACAACUUAAGAAAAUUAAAGGUCUUCACAAUGAACAACUACUUUUCUAUAGGGCCGGAUGCUCUCAUGGCAUUAAACUUUCACACACAUCGUGAGAAGUCUCCCUCUCUGUUUUCCAGUCGGAUUAUUAACAAGGCUGUUUAUUUUUUCUACGGAACCAAAGAUUGCCUGGUACAGGAAUGUAAGGAUUUGAACAAAAAGAUUGAGCUAGAGUUGGAUGGAGAGAGAAUUGAUCUGCCCAGCUUGGAAGGCAUCAUAGUUCUGAAUAUUGCCUACUGGGGAGGCGGCUGUAGACUGUGGGAAGGCAUGGGGGAUGAGCUUUAUCCUCUGGCACGGCAUGAUGAUGGGCUGCUGGAAGUCGUUGGGGUCAAUGGCUCUUUUCACUGUGCACAGAUUCAAGUGAAGCUUGCAAAUCCUGUCCGGCUAGGACAGGCCCAUACUGUAAGGUUGAUUUUGAAGAAUUCAAAGAUGCCAAUGCAGGUGGAUGGAGAACCCUGGGCACAAGGGCCUUGUGAUGUUACCAUAACCCACAAGACUCACGCACCGAUGCUCUAUCACUCAGGUGAACAGACAGAUGAUGACGUGUCCAGCGUAUCUGAACAGGAACUAGCAAAGGAUCAGACUGAUGAAGACACCUAGGUCUUGGUCAAGUCUGUACAUGUUAAAUGGUAAUUCAGCUUGGCUUUCACUGAAAAGCUUGGCGUUAAAUAUUCCAUCUCCAGUAACCCUCUUAAUGCCAUAUCAUAUCUGUAUUUACAAGUGGGACAGGAGUAACUAAGCCAUGCAUUUAGUGAUUUUUAAAAGCUGAGCCAGGUUUAAAUUCAGCAAGCGCUUUUGCUUUGGUAUAUAGUAUCAAGGUGAAGCAGGAGAGAGAAACCUUUCAUGGUAACUUUACGCUGACUACUCUGCAGACUGAAUGCCUUCUUCAGCAGCGUUUGUGUAUAGUCCUAUGGACUGGCUGCCGGUGUCCAUAGUCCAUAAUUGUAAAGAUCUAGAUUUUGAAGAGCAUGUAAAAAUAUCAUUUCAGGCCUAGUGCUGAUGUCCCACGGUCUAAUCAGGAGUAAACUGUGGGCUCAAGUGCUCCUUUUCCAUUCCCUCUUACUUACAAAUUUUCCUCUUCUUGUUUUUGGAGCCAUCUAUGGUGCUAUGUUGUGUCAGCACCAGUAGUUUCACUAACUGUGGUUUGCUUUGAAAAGUGAAAGAAAAUGGGGAAUCUGCACACAAAGUGUGUAUGAACCCACAAGUGCUCCUAAUAGGGCAAGCACUGUGUCUGCACCAGACCAUGUCCAGCUUCACUUUUGGUAAGACAAUCACUGCACUGAAUGUUGCUAGAUCUCACAGAUGGCUAAAAACCAUUGCAUAUCACAGCAGUUUCUAUUUCUGCUGCUUAGGAGCUGAGCAGAGAGAGGUCUAGAACUGUGUAUUGCUCAUCUAACCAGUUAAGACCUGAUAGAUGGAUAGAUAUUUUUGGUUUCAUAGAAGAGUGUUCAGUUCAUCAGUAUGUUAAACGUCCUUCCUCACUGGUUGAUCAGAGUUUAAAAUAAUGGGUUUGAUCUCUGAAUAAUGGUUAUGUGAGACAAUAGCUCUGGAUAUUCUAAAUAAAACUAUCAGCGCAGUGUAGAUAUAAUAUGCUGACACCCACUUCCCUUACACUCCCUCGCUGUUACAUUGUUUACUGGGACAGACAUGGUGCCUGCUAAACAUAUUUGCAAAAUGUAAUAACCAAAGGAUUGUCACUUGUCUGACAAUCCCAGUACUUUAACAUAACUUAAUUUUAAAUUUCAAAGAAUUCCUAAAUUGUCUGUCAGUGAUGCACUGAUUCUCUCCGGAUAACUUUGAAAAAAGAGCUCAAAACAGCAAAUGAGAACAUAUUAUUGACUAUCUCUGAGUUCAGUUCCAAAUUGCCCUUCCAUGAAUUCUGUUUGCAGAAGGGCUGUAAUCCAGCAGGGGCUCAUGGUGGAGGAAGGGGAGGAGUCAUGUUUCGCUAAUUUCCCCUUCACAACCUCCCUCAAUGUUCUGGAGGACCUUCCAGCCUUUUAGGGGGCUGUAGGUGGAAAGAGGAAUUAGUGAAAAUUGCUUUUGCCAGUGGGAAGCACCCUUAAAGAUAUAGGUGCUGAAAUUGCAGGUAUGUUAUUGUUUUUGUCUUGCUGUUCAAAAAUCCACUGAAAUGAACCUAAAUCGUACAAGGAUAAAAGAAUCCUGGUUGUUUCAGUGAGGCUUGUGCAGGGCACAUUCCUGGCAAAUUAUGCCCUUGGUCUUAACACUGAAUUAUUCUCUUCUCACUUAAGAAAAAAUUCCCAACUUUCGUGUCUGUGUGUUGGUCAUUUUAAGAGCCUGGCUAGUAACGCAUGUUAUCCACUUAGGUAGUAUGAUUCCAGGUUUUAAAACAGUACCUUUUAUAUCUUAAAUUAAGACUGUCUCGCUCUCGUUUUGAGUAAGGAAAAUUAUGUAUAAAUUGGCAAGUUACAAUAUUGGUAAUAGAAUUUAAUAAUCUUGUGCCAGUAUGGACCAGACUAUAUGGAUGUUGCAGUUGAAAAAAUUUCCAUUGAAGGCAGAAGGAAUGUGUUUUGUUUUCGUCUUAAACUUUUUUCACACACUGAUUAGAUUUUGACAGUCUUCUUUUUCAUCAAGUAGAUGUAUACUAAGUUAUUCAUAGUGUAAAUGGCUUGCUCAAAGUCCUGUCUGCAUCCAUGUAUGUCUUCAGUUGCACAAGAUGUGCUGAACCGGUGCCUAGCUGCGACAAUGGACUGAAUGAGGGCUAAUAAACUGAGGCUCAAUCCAGACACGACUGAGAUGCUGCUAGUGGGUGGUUCUUCUGACCAGAUGGUGGAUGUCCAACCUGUCCUGGAUGGGGUUUCACUCCCCCUGAAGGAGCAGGUUCAUAGCUUGGGGGUUCUCCUAGAACCAUUUCUGUCACUUGAGGCUCAGGUAGCGUCGGUGGCAUGGAGUGCCUUCUACCAAAUUUGGUUGGUGGCCCAGCUGCGCCCCUAUCUGGACAGGAAUAACCUGGCAUCAGUUCUCCAUGCUCUGGUAACCUCCAAGUUAUAUUACUGCAAUGCACUCUACGUGGGGCUGCCUUUGAAGACAGUUCGGAAACUGCAGCUUGUGCAAAAUGCAGUGGCCAGAUUGGUAACAGAGACCAAACGGUCCGAACAUAUAAAACCGAUUCUGGCCUGCUUGCAUUGGCUGCCUGUAUGUUUCUGAGCUCGAUUCAAGGUGCUGGUUUUAACCUAUAAAGCCUUACACGGCUUGGGACCACAAUACCUGAUGGAACACCUCUCCCGAUACGAACCCACCCGUACACUAUGCUCAACAUCCAAGGCCCUCCUCCGGGUGCCUACUCUGAAGGAAGCUUGGAGUCUGGCAACAAGGGAGAGGGCCUUCUCUGUGGUGGCCCCCAAAUUAUGGAAUGAUCUCUCUGACGAGGUGCACCUGGUGCCAACACUUAUCUUUUCGGCACCAGGUCAAGACUUUCCUCUUCUCCCAGGCAUUUUAGCAUGUGUUUUAAAAUCUUUAAAUUGUGUUUUAAAUUGUUUUAGAAGAUGUGUUUUAAAUUUGUAUAUUUGUUUUUAAUGUGUUUAAUUACUGUAAACUGCCCAGAGAGCUUCGGCUAUGAGGUGGUAUACAAGUACAAUAAAUAAAUAAAUAAUAAGAUGGUUUUCACAUAUGCAUUGAUAAGCAGUGCCAUUGGGAGAAGUGCAAACUAGUGGUAUCCAGGACUUUAUUGCCAGGAGAUCAUUGCAGUGGGACUUCCAGGUCAUGGUUAGUCUUGCAAUGACCAUGUCCAGGAAUCUGUUCUAGCGGACAUCACUGCUCAAAGAAGAUUAAAUGGGCCUUUGAUCACCACCUGUACCUCAUCUAAGGUUUUUAUACCUUCACAUGUACAUAACGGAUGAGAACAGUAAAAAAUGUAUAUGAAAAGUCACUUUCCAUGUGCAGCUGAGUUCUCAAAGCACUUUGUCAGCAAUAGACCAAGAAACAGACUCUGAGCUGCCAGUGGGUGUUAAAUUAAUAGACAUAUAACCAUUCAAGUUCUUUCUUGUUUGUUUGAAUGAUUUACUUAUUUUUGUAAACCUAUUUAUGUGCUAUGCUCUGAUCUUGAGUGUCUUUGUGUUUACAUAGCCAUAUAAGUUAGUGGACCAUACUCCCAAAGGGACUUGCUGAAUAUGCUUCAUUGUAUCUUAGUAAAGAAUGUGUUAGUUCAAUACUUUGGAGAGGUUACAACAUACUUUCACCUUUAUUCUUCUGUUAUCUAGAGCACUUCAUUCUGCCAAGACUGUAAGGAAAUUCCUGCUUUAAGUUGCUUCCUAUGUAAUCAUAUUCAUCUAGGCUACCAAGGGAACAGGUUGAACAGUGGAUUGGCUCUGUAGAAUUGAAUUGUAACACUCUCUCUAGGUCUGGUUCAUACACUCUCAGGCCCAGGAAUCUUCCAUGUGGUGUGGGCUACUCCAUAGAUCUUGCUGGACUAUAUGAUGCAGUAUAUGCAUGUCUCUCCAAUUUGUGAAAUCUUUUCUUUGUCUCUGUCUCUCUUACUUACUUACGUAAAGGGGAAAGGGUAUUUCCUGCGUUCUCCCAGUGCUGUGCGUUAUGUCAAAACAACAGUGGGAGAUGCAGGAGCAUGCCUACUGCCCAACUUGCACAUAGAAGAUUUUGAGGCUGGUGAGUGUGGAGCUAGUCCUAGUGUUCUUGCCUGUCAUGGCAUGAUGUGCUUCAGUUUGAAUUCCGUACUUAUUCCUGUAAAUAAUCUACAAACACAACUUGAAGAGGAAAUUAUGUGUUUUUAUUGUUUGAACUACUGAAUCUUGAACAGAAUUCUAAGAAUUGGAAAACUCCCCCAAACUGUAGUUGACCAAUUAUCCAAAAGGGGGUGCUCAACUAUUGAGUUACAGUUGUAGCCUGAACUGGUUCCCCCACUUGGUAGUUUUCAUUAUGGCUACUUCCAUAAGAGCCUGGUGUUUUAACACUUCCUGAGCUGCUGCUGCUGUUUUUUAUAUUUAACUAAAACAAACUAAGCUGUGGUUCAGUUUGUGUUUAAAAAGAAAAGAAAGCUUCACAAAAGUUCCUGAUUUGAGACUUUGAUUAAAUGACUACUGUUAUCUCUGGCUGGUCAGUGUCCCUGUCUUAUGUCUUUGGUUUCCCUUAGUGCUGCUUUACAUCAUCACCGUCACUGUAUUAGAAGCUGCUUGAAGUAGCCUCCACAUGGCGAGUGCUCCCCAUGGCAGUUAUUGCCUUGUAGAGUGGCAUGCUGUGUGGACAACCUGAUCACAAAGAGACAUUCCAUUUGAUUCAGGUGAUCUAUGUGCCCUGGCUGCUCUUUGCACUACUGUUGCUGCAUGGCACAGUGGCCACUUGGAUGCUGUGGUGUCUGCUUGGAAAAUUUAAUGGGUAAACUGCCUCUAAACAGUGACUACAGGUAAGCCAGAAUCUACCAACAAGAUCGCUACCCCUUGCCUCUGUCAUCACAUGGGAAUAUAUAGUAAAUAUCCAGGAGCUAAGUGCUGCAAAACUGACAAUAAUUAAGUAGCUUUAGUGUCUAGUUAAUCUUUACCAAUCCAAGGUUGAAGUGAGUUAAAAGUUGCUGCUCUCAGGCUAAUGGUUAUGAACUAGUUUUGGAUAAAACUCAGAAAAGUACAUGGACACACAUUGUCUUACUUUGUCUCUGGAGGAUUUUUUUUUAAAGGAAAUCUUUGAAUUGUGUGAAAUACUUUGCUACUGAAA